CCCUGUCUAGACUCUGGAGUCUGGAGGGAAAAACGAAAAAGAGGGAGGAAAGCUGUAGGUGCCGGUUGGCGGAAAAAAAGGGAAGGCUAAUAAGUGCCAAAGCGUAGUAGCGAAAAGAGAAAAAAAGUGCCAAAGGGGAGAUCAGAGACGAUGCCCGUUGCUCGACCUGAACCAUCCGCUGCUCGCAUAAUCGCCCAUGUUGACAUGGACUGUUUCUACGUUCAAGUGGAACAAAGGAAACAGCCAGAGUUACGUGGUGUACCAACUGCUGUGGUACAAUACAACUCUUGGAAAGGUGGUGCUUUGAUUGCUGUUGGUUAUGAAGCUCGUAAAUAUGGUGUGAAGCGUUCAAUGCGUGGAGAUGAGGCCAAGAAAGUUUGUCCACAAAUCCAUCUGGUUCAGGUUCCAGUUGCACGUAAUAAAGCUGACUUGAAUUUGUACCGUAAUGCAGGUUCAGAGGUGGUUUCUAUUCUUGCAAGAAAGGGUCGAUGUGAACGUGCAUCAAUUGAUGAAGUGUAUCUUGACAUUACUGAUGCAGCUGAAACAAUGCUGUCAGAAAAUCCUCCAGAGAUCUUGGAAUCAAUUGAUGAUGAGGUCCUAAAAUCACAUAUUUUGGGGAUUAAUGAGGAUCGAAGUAAGGGGGAAAAUGUGAGAGAAUGGCUUUGUAGGAGCGAUGCUGAUCGUCGUGAUAAGUUAUUAGCUUGUGGAGCCAUUAUUGUGGCAGAUCUUCGGAUGCAAGUCUUGAAGGAGACUGAGUUUACAUGUUCUGCAGGCAUUGCUCACAAUAAGAUGCUGGCAAAACUGGCAAGUGCCAUGAACAAACCUGCGCAACAAACAGUUGUUCCAUUCUCAUCUGUCAAAGGGUUGCUAGCUACUUUGCCCAUAAAGAAAAUGAAACAACUUGGAGGUAAACUGGGGGCCUCUUUACAAAGUGACCUUGGUGCGAACACUGUUGGAGAUUUAUUGCAGUUUACAGAGGAAAUGCUACAGGAACGAUAUGGCAUAAAUACAGGUACGUGGUUAUGGAAUAUAGCAAGAGGCAUCAGUGGGGAUGAAGUUCAGGGACGUCUUCUUCCCAAGAGCCAUGGUUGUGGAAAGACAUUUCCUAGCCAACAAGCUUUGAGGAAAAUUACUUCUGUUGAACGUUGGCUAAAUGAUCUUUGUGAAGAACUGAGUGAACGCAUUCAGUCUGACUUGGACCAAAACAGGAGGAUCGCACAAACCCUUACAUUGCAUGCUAGGGUGUACAAGACCAAUGACUCAGAUUUGCACAAGAAGUUCCCUUCCAAGUCAUGCCCAUUAAGAUAUGGCACUGUUAAGAUCCAAGAAGACGCCUUAAAACUAUUUGAAUCUGGAUUGCGUGAAUUCUUUGGUUCACAGAGAGUUGAGAUCCAAGGGAAUCAAAAGAAUGGAUGGGGAGUAACUGCUCUUUCUGUAUCAGCAAGUAAAAUAUUGGAUAUACCACCUGGAACAUGCUCAAUAUUGAGAUUCUUUCAAGGUUGUGAGUCUUCUAGUUCUUCACCAAAGGAAGCAGGAAAUGAGAACAUCCAAGAAAAUGUACCACCAUUUUCACCCUCAGGAAGUGAAAGCUCUUUGGGACAGAAUCAAGCUAAACCACAGAAAGGGUCUAGAAGGGAAGAGAGUGGAAUUAAUUGUGCCAAGCUUGUUCUCAACUGCGAACAGACGAGGGAAAGUCAGGACUAUAAGGGAAAGGGUUCUAUCUUGAGAUUCUUCAAAGUCUCCAAUUCUUCUUGCUCUUCAUCAAAGCAGGUGGAUGAUGGGACAACCCAAGCACCUUUAUGGAUGACUCCAUCAGGGACUAAAAAUUGCUUGGGAUCUAAUCAAGCUCAGGAACUUAAAGUAUCUUCACAGGAUGAUACUGGGAACAACAGUGGAAGACCUAGUUUGGUUAAGGACCUACAGAGAAGGCCAACAUGGAAUUACAACAUUGAUGAGAUUGAUCCCUCAGUGAUUGAUGAGCUGCCACCUGAAAUCCAGCAAGAAAUCCGGGGCUGGCUUCACCCUCCUAAGCGUGCUAGUACGGCUAAGCAUGGUUCCAGUAUUGCUCAUUACUUUUUACCCACAAAGAAGGCAUAGGAAACCCAAGUAAUUUUAAUGUUUACACUAUGUAAUCACAACCUGAUAAAUUGGAACAAAAGAAAACUCCCCCAGGCCUGAGAAACAUCGUUCAUGCUUCUUGAGGACAGAGGAGUAGCAUGCUUUUCACCAGAAGUUAGUAGUAGUACUAACACCUACUUCAAAACGGUAAACAGUGCUUGUAAUCUGUACUUAUAUACAUUGCAAUACAGAGGUGCCUUACUUUGGAUUGUGAGCACUAAAAAGAAGACUAUACCUGUCUUCUGUCUUUGUAAUGUAGAAGGGGAUUUGUAAUUUAUCAAGACAAUUUGUGAAGAAGAUAGGGUAAUCCAUUCUUGAUUCUUCGGGUUUAGUUUGUCUACAUAUUUAUUUCAGAUUGUUUUGCUCUAAGACUAAAUGGCAUUUCUUUUGCCUGCAA